GACGCCGGCGACCGUUAUUCCGUCAGGGACCACGCCCCCGUCGCGCACGCGCAGAAGCCCCUGCCCGGGGAACCGGGGUCAAAAUGGCGGCGCCUGUGGCGGCGGCGGCUUCGAGGGUCUUGCGACCUCUGUGGGCGCUUCGCUCGCAGGGGCCUGCAGCUGGCCAGGUGUUUUCUCGUAACUUUCACUUCACAGUUUAUGGAAAGAAAAGUGCAUCUGCUAAAGUAUCGGAUUCAGUAAGUCUUGAUUGACCUCUUAUCACCAACGAAUGGUAGCGAUUUGUCACGAUUGUAUGGUAGGUACGAAGUUGAUUACAGGGUUCUUGUAGCGCAGCGUUUGGUUUGUCCGAGGCCGGUUUUAACACAGCGUGUGUCACCAAGCUCUUCCCUACCAGGUCCCACACUGUUGCCGCGCAGGGUGGAAUCAAUGCUGCUCUGGGGAAUAUGGAAGAAGAUAACUGGCAGUGGCACUUCUAUGAUACCGUGAAAGGUUCGGACUGGCUGGGAGACCAGGAUGCCAUCCAUUACAUGACCGAGCAGGCCCCGGCUUCCGUCAUCGAGCUGGAGAACUACGGCAUGCCAUUCAGCAGGACUGAAGAAGGGAAAAUCUACCAGCGCGCCUUUGGAGGACAGAGCCUGAAGUUUGGGAAAGGGGGGCAAGCCCAUCGCUGCUGCUGUGUGGCGGACAGAACGGGCCACUCCCUCCUGCACACGCUCUAUGGACGGUCUCUUAAAUACGACACUAGCUACUUUGUGGAAUAUUUUGCCUUGGAUCUCCUUAUGGAAAAUGGAGCGUGUCACGGCAUUAUUGCCCUUUGCAUAGAAGAUGGCACCAUACAUCGUCUGAGAGCAAAGAACACAGUCAUCGCCACUGGAGGAUACGGGCGCACGUACUUCAGCUGCACAUCCGCUCAUACCUGCACUGGAGACGGCAAUGCAAUGGUCACGCGGGCUGGCCUUCCCUGCCAGGAUCUGGAAUUUGUGCAGUUCCAUCCCACAGGCAUCUACGGGGCUGGCUGCCUUAUUACCGAAGGCUGUCGUGGCGAAGGUGGCAUUCUUAUUAACAGUGAAGGCGAGAGGUUCAUGGAGAGAUAUGCCCCAGUUGCCAAGGAUCUAGCUUCCAGGGAUGUUGUAUCACGUUCUAUGACCAUUGAGAUACGUGAAGGAAGAGGAUGUGGGCCUGAGAAAGACCACGUAUACCUGCAGCUGCACCACCUGCCCCCUCAACAGCUGGCCACACGGCUUCCGGGGAUUUCGGAGACUGCUAUGAUAUUUGCUGGGGUGGAUGUCACCAAAGAACCCAUUCCUGUUUUGCCCACUGUGCAUUACAAUAUGGGCGGGAUCCCUACAAACUACAAAGGACAGGUGAUCACGCAUGUCAAUGGCCAAGACCAGGUGGUGCCAGGCCUGUAUGCCUGUGGUGAAGCAGCAUCCGCAUCUGUCCAUGGGGCCAACCGCCUGGGGGCAAACUCUCUCUUGGACUUGGUGGUCUUUGGCCGUGCGUGUGCGCUGAGCAUUGCAGAAUCCUGCAAACCUGGAGAACCAGUUCCGUCAAUUAAACCAAAUGCUGGGGAAGAAUCUGUCGCAAACCUGGACAAAUUGCGCUAUGCCAAAGGAAACAUCAGGACAUCCGAACUGCGGCUUAACAUGCAGAAGACCAUGCAAACCCAUGCUGCUGUGUUCCGUACAGGCUCUAUCCUCCAGGAGGGCUGUGAGAUACUGAAUGGCAUCUAUAAGGAUUUGGAUGAUCUGCAGACAUUCGACAGAGGGAUAAUCUGGAACACCGACCUGGUGGAGGCUUUGGAACUUCAAAACCUGAUGAUCUGUGCGUUACAUACUAUUUAUGGUGCUGAAGCUCGGAAAGAGUCGCGUGGUGCUCACGCUAGAGAGGACUACAAGGUUAGGAUAGAUGAAUACGACUAUUCCAAACCAAUCCAAGGGCAAGAGAAGAAACCAUUCGAACAGCACUGGAGAAAGCACACCCUCUCCUAUGCAGAUAUCGGGACUGGGAAGGUGACUUUGGAAUACAGACCUGUCAUUGACCACACUCUAAACGAAGAAGACUGUGCCGCGGUUCCACCGGCUAUUCGUUCCUAUUAGUGAUGUGAUUCACCUUUUGCUAUCUGAAAACUGCUUGGUGUGGAUGAAUAUCCCAUUAGCCAACCAUUAACGCACAACAGUGGAUGAAACUACAUCAACUCCAAGAGUCUGCUCCAUAACACAGAAUACCGGAAGCUUUAUUUUGGCAGUCGCUUCAUGUGUGAUAAAACUUAUAAAUACUCCAUUCACGUGUCAAUAAAUAAUCUAAUGGGACGUACACAUGCUAGUCAGUUUCUUGUUUUCUGUGAUUAUCUCAAGCUCUGCACAUAGGGUAUUGUCUUGAUUCUGACUGUUCUUUUUGUAUUAAUUUGCUUAAACAUUUAAAAGCAGUUAUUGAGAAUUUGUUGAAAUGAAACAAGAUUUUACGGCACAAUCCAGGAGAAUUAAUUGUGCUUAAGCACAAAACCACUGGGUUGCUGUCUUAUAUCUGUUCUCUAUAUUGUAUGCUAUUUAAUUUAUGGCAAUUUUAACAUGAAUUGUGAAGUUUUGCAACGAACCAUAGCAGUUAUGUUAACAGGUUGAUAGGUCUUCUGUGUAACCCACUAAAUAUUUCUUUCUCAUUUUUCAAGGUAACACAAUAUAUUGUUGAAACAACAACAUACCAUGUUUAUACCAUGGUAACAUUCUUAACAGACACAUUAAAAAACUUAAAUUCAUAGGAGAGCGUUGUUGGGAAUCUAUUCCUAGAAUGGGUUAUAAAAUGAAUCUUUCUGUCAGAGGUAUAAUACCAAUGGGAUUUCAGCUACAGUUCAUUAAAUAUAUAUGUUAAAAAAUUCUA